GUCUACGAAGCUGUUUGCUGCAACUUUUCAGAUUCUCGUACAAACGAAGUAAGUGAUUAAAACUUACUGCUAACUUUUUAGGUCCUUGAAGUCAAUCAGCAGAAACUACUAACGUUGACUGAUUUGCGGUCAUCGAUGUUGGCUUUCCUAGCAGAAUAACCUUGACCGGUUUGCUCAAAAUAGCCACUCUUUGUUCAAGCAAACAAAGUUGAAUCAGGUUGUGAGUCGAGUUCAUCCUUUAUCUACGGAGCCUUGUUUAUAGAGCCACACAUGCGCGCGUAGACACAUGACAUGUACGUUUAUAAACAUUAUAUUGCGAUGACGAUGUUUAUUCUUUUCCUUUAAGCGCGACUUUUUUCGACUGCCUUAUUUGAUGCCCCUAUUAAAUAUUUUGGGGUGUCUGUAAAACCCGGAACACUUUUACGAAGUUAUGAAUUUCCCGUGCCCUGCAUUAUUAUUAAAUUGUGCUAUAAAAUGAGCAACUCUCUCUUGAUUGAUGUCUACGAAACUUGCUGCAACUAAGCUUUAACUUCAGAUUCUCGAACUAAAUUAAGUGAUUACCACUUAUUGCUAACUUUUUAGGUCCUUGAAGUCAAUUAGCAGAAACUACUUUCGCGGACUGAUUUGCGGUCAUUGAUGUUGGCUUUCGGCAGUGCAGAGCCGUCAUUCAUCAUUCGGCAUUGACCAUGUUGACUAGUCAUUCUUUGUUCAAGCAAACAAAGCUGAUUCAGGUUGUAAGUUGCAGGCAUCCAUUAAAUUUCUUUAAAGUCUACUGACUCUUUUCAGUCUGUUCGCAGAACGUGAAAUGUCUUUGACAUAAUUUCACUUUACAACUUCCUGAACUUAAGGACUUUCCCGUUCCCUGCAUCAUUAUUAAAUAGAGAGGAGAAGUAACGUCACGUUUCCAUGGUAGCAACAUUUCUGAAUCACAAAAGCUCAAGCCAACGACGGCGACGGCAACGAGAACGGCUAAAAAGCAAUCGGUUUAUUGCCAACGAGGCAACCGAGCUAAGAAGCGAGGUUGACUCGGCGGCAGAAUUGUAACGCCGCGUAAUGUAGGCAAAAACUCUCAAAUUCUGCGUAACCCUCUAAAAUUUGCAUUUUUGACUAUAUUUAGGUGUAAGUAAGACCCUAUAUUUGGGUAGUGACGUCAUGGUCUUGUAUUUACAACUCGUGGUUCAAGAUUGAGUGAUUCAGUGUGCAGCUGUUCGUUGUCUGUUCAAGAGGACCUAACUGGUGAGCAAGCUUUAAUACGAUUUCUAGUUUGAAAGGGCAAUUAGUGCUCUGGUUUGCUUUGUAAAUUGUGUUUAAAGCAGCAGCUGAUCAAGGAAUACGGUUUUACGCUCAAAUUUUUGUCAGAAGCAGCUUGUUCUUUGCAGCUCGAUUUACAUUGAGGUAGCGUGUUCGCUUCUCGACUCAGAACCAGGAAUUUCACUGUUCUCUUUUCCUUUGUGAAUUGGUAGUUGACCAAGGCAUAGGGUUAUAUUCUCAAAACGUAUAUCAGAACCAGCAUGUUGUUCGCAGGUCGAGUUACACUGAGCCAGUCCUCACCUUCCGUGAGGAAUGCAACGUACUUUCAGACCUUUUUUUAGAAUUUAUUUAUGUCCUUCGAGAGAUUUUGUCAACCAGCAUGUUUUUUUGCUGCUCGAUUUACAUUGAGACAGCCCAAAACUCCUGUGAGGAAUGCAACGAAUUUGCGGACCUUUUGUUUUUCAGACUAUCAUUAUGCCUUUCAAGAGACUCUUUGUCCUGUGACACUCGCUCAUUAGAUCUUUGUAUUUUAUUCAAGUUCAUAUUUUUAAACCUCUAAUACAUUCCGCCCCAUUCUUGUGCGCUUUUCACACAUUUUACUUUAGACCAUAUUUUGUCUUAUGUAUAUUACCACACGAAAUAUUUUUCUUAUCCCUGAUGACGCUGUUGCUCGGAAUUUAAUUAUUAUUUUUAAUUUCAGCAGUCUAAGGCCUCAGUUGAACUAUAUUUUUUUUUCUAACGUUUAUAGUUUUGAUACAAUGGAAUUUUCCAUGAAACAUAAGUGCUAACUUGCUCAUAUUUACCAAGAAAGCUUCAAGCCAUGUUGUUAUUGUUUAGUAAAAGUGAAAGCCUAGAAUGUGCCAAAGUUGUUGUUUUGAAGUUGGGUGCCAUCCUUUUCUAUAGCGGAAUCCAUUUUAAACCUCUAAAAAUAUCGCGAAGAUCUGAAUAGGCACAUUCCACAAAAGAUAAACGAAUUCGCCUCGUUGGCACUUGCCGGAAGGUACCCCUAGUUGGGCGUCGAUAAAAGCCGGAACAUGGAACAUCCCGGAACAUUCCGGAACAUUCCGGAACAUCCCGGAACAUCCUGGAACAUGAAAAAAUUAAAUUAUUUUUUUAUAAAAAAAAUAAUUAAUUAAUUAAUAAUUAUAAUAAUGAAUAUCAAAAAGAACAAUAGAUAGACAACAAUUCAUUGCAAAAAUUUAUAAUAACAAAAUAAAUAACAUGACAUAAAAACGAAAAAUUAAGAAACAAACAAAGAAAGAAAGAAAAAGAAACUGGUAUUAUCUCCGAGUUUGAGAAAACAAUAUUUUGUCGCAAUGAAUAUUUUGGGCGAGUGAGGGUCCACUCAAAUGACAGUAAUGAGUGAAGGCUUGCUUCUAAAUUCAAAAUAUAUUAAAAUGGGUCGCGAGGAGGGGGUUUUCAAGCUUUCCUCACACAGCCACCUCUUGUAAAUGUUUGCUAUGCGGUUUAACGGUUAUUCAUUUAUGGCUUUGCGACCGUAAGAAGAGCUUAGGGGCUCUUCGCUUUGGACUUGGAUAAUUAAAUGAAAGAUUCACAUUCGCCGUGAAUAGUUGCAGUGGCAGUGGUAGCGCAGCGGUAGUUUCUAACUGUUAUCAGUUAGCCUGAAUUUUUGCCGUCUUCCCGCAAACUCCUCUUGCGACUCGAGGAGACGUCUGAAAUAUCAUGCUGACUGUAAACAGUAUAGAAACUACUACGAAUGGGAGUAUUGUCCACUAAAAUCCAAAGACAAGAGCCCCUAUACUCUUCUUAAGUUCACAGAGCCGCCUACUGUAAGUAAUUCAUGUCAACCUCAAGAGAAGCAAAGCACCUCAAGUAAGCAAAUGUCGGUUAUAUAUAAGGAGACUAUAUGUUGGCUUGAAAUGAGCUGCUUACCGACUUGGCUUGACAUAAAAUACUGCACCGACAUUUUAGACCAUUGUAGAACCGUAAAUGGAUAACCGCCAAACAGGUGGCUGUGUGAGGAAAGCUUAAACCCCCCCCCCCCCCCCCCCCCCCCCCCCCCCCCCUUUUAAUAUUUUUUUUUUUUUAAAAAACACACCCCCCUACCUUCACCCUUUUCACACCCCCCCCCCCCCCCCACACUAUUUACAUUUUUUCCAAAAAAUAUUUUUUUCUCAUACCACAGUACACCCCCCCCCCCCCCCCCCCCGCCUCCCUCGCGACCCAUUUUAAUAUAUUUUGAAUUUAGAAGCAAGCCUUCACUCAUUACUCUCAUUUGCAUGAACCCUCACUCGCCCAACAAAUUGUAAUCGUUUGCGACAAAAUAUUGCUUUCUCAUACUCAGAGAGGAUACCAGUUUCUUUUUCUUGAUUAUUUCAUUAUUUUUCUUUUUUUUUGUUAUUUUACGUUCUUAUUAAUUUUUACAAAAAUUAUUUUAUUAUUAUUAUUUUAUUAUAUUUUUUUUUCAUGAAAAUUAUUUUUAUUUUUGCAUGUUCUGGGAUGUUCCGGAAUGUUCCGGCAUGUUCCGGAAUGUUCCGUGUUCCGGGUUUUAUGGACGGCCCCCCUAGUUUUAGCAAAACAACAAUCACGCUUUUUUAUUUGUACAUUUCUUAGCCGUCGUCUGCAACUUGAAACUACACAAGAAUUUUCUUUUUCUCAAAACUAAACUUGGAUACGGUCCUUUCGGAUUCAACACCAGACAAUUUCGCCAAGAUUGUACAAAUUAAAUGAAAUUGAAUAAGAUCGAUGAAGUCUGAAUCAGUGCGAAUUCAUUUUUUAAGUGACGCUUUCGCUUUGUUGUCGUCCGGAAACAGUAUGCUAUCAUGGCAACGUGACAUAGCGCCUUCUCUCUAUUGUGCUAUAAAAUUAGCCUGCGCAGCUGGCGGUAUUGUGUGAUUAAAGUUUUGGCGGCGGAGCCGCGAUCCAAAAAGAGGGAGUGGGGACGAGGCGUUUGAAUGCACAGCUGGCGGUAUUGUGUGAUUAAAGUUUGGCGGCGGAGCCGCGAUCCAAAAAAAGGGAGUGGGGACGAGGCAUUUAGUAUUUCUCGCGGCUUCGCCGCUCGUGGCGGCUCCGCCGCUAACUCUCACUCGACUGGUACAGCGGCUCCGCCGCCAAAUCUCCCUCGCCUAGUACACAAUACCGCCAGCUAUGCAGGCUGCUAUAAAAUGGGUCACUCAACUCCUCAUUCCUUUUAUCUUACGGAGCUGCUUGCUGCUACUAUACUUACCAGAUUCUCACCAACUGAGAAGCUGCAAUACGUAAGUACUCAGAAAGAAAACCUCAGGUUGUCAAAAAGCAGCUUUCGCAGUUAAGAGAUGUUUGCAGAUCUUCCACGAACAAAUGUUUUACUCUCUAUCAUUGUGCGUGAAUUUUCAAAUCUGUUUAUACAGAUUUUGUUCAAGUCUUCUCACUUAAAUUUUUUUCGCUUUAUGAUCAUACAUACUUGUUUGUUUGUUGUUCCACUCUAAAUCUUUGUCAUAUUGUACAUUGAGGCCAUUCUGUUUGAGGUAUUCAAUUUGCCAGUUACUCAGGGCUGAGAAAAUACUCCGAUCAAACUUUAACAGUUCUUCCACUUAGUAUUGCCCCGGGGGUACUCCUGGGAAUUCUUGGUGGGGGUGUGCCGCCCGGUUCUCCAAAUCCUGACCCGAUUUCGGACCAAAAAAUGUCAUUUUCCGCACCCGUUUUCAGACCAGACCUCUAAAAUCCAUACCCGUUUUCAGACCUGGCCUUUAGGCAGAAAUUAUGUUAUCAUUACUUAGAUUAGAGCGCAAACAGACAAAUUCAUCAAAUCGAAUUCGCAUAUUUCUCUCUCUUUCUUACUCAUUUGGAAUUGAAACGGAUAAAUUAUACGAUCAUACACUCCUGUUUUUACCCCGAAAACCAUACCCGAUUCCAGACCAAAAUGGCCAAAGUGUAUACCCGUUUUCAGACCAAAACUGCGCAAAAACCCUACCCGAUGGGGGCGGCGGCACAUACCUAUAUAGCUUAUAUAAGAGAGUACCUCACCCCGGGGGUAUUGCUUCAGACCUUGAAGGUUUUCGACGAGAAUGUUUUUACGAUAAACAAUGCUUUUUGUCGUCAGUUAUCACGACGAUAUCGGAAAAUAAUUUCUUUGUUUCACGUAUCACGACUGCCGUGUCGUUCACAGUUCACGGGAUUUUAAAUUUCUUUAAAAUCACAAGUCCUGGCAGAUAAAAACUUGACGCGUUACAGGAAAACCCUUAAUCAAUAACAAAACUAUAUUCCGCAUUCCAAGAAACUAAUCCUUACGUCAUAUGUCACGCCACCAAUCAGUUGUGUAUUUAACUGAUCUUGAGUUAUCUCGCUUUUUAUCAGUCGUUGUUGGGAAUUUCUCAGACGGACUUCUGACUUAAAAAACUUCUAGACAACAUGUCGACCCAGGAACUUGGAUGUGGUGCAUGGGGCAACCUGGAAGUGGCUGAUGGAAAGGUUCAAAAGAUUUGCGACCAGGUAUUAGUUUAAGCUCUUGCAUAAUGUGGCACCCUCCUGACGUAAACUUUUUUUUUGUAACAUCUAUAAUCUAUUAUUGCCCUUCUCGACUUAACUUCGAAAUGCCUUGUUCCCCGCGAUAACAUUAUUCUGUUUUGGCUUAACACCCAAACCAGAAAAAAAAUCGAAAUCAAACACUUUUAUCAAUAUGAAUGUCAGAAGCUGUCUUUUUCAUUGCUAUUGUUUAUCCUCCCACUUUACAAUUCGUUACUAUUUCAUUUAUCCUCAAAAAUGCAACAUCUUCCUGUAUUUUUUACAUUUACUUGGCUAAACCUCCAAGUAAAGCACAUGUAAGUAACAGCAGCUCAAACAAUGACUAUGAUCGUCAAGAUAUUCUUUUGUACUGUAGGAUGGUCAAUAAAAUUGGCUAAAAAUAUAAUAAUUAUAAUAAUAAUAAUAAUAAUAAUAAUAACAAUAAUAAUUUAUUCACUUAAUAUAGCGCUUUUUAACAUUAAAAUGAUCAAAAGCACUUUACAUGAAUUUAAAAAUAUAUAUAAAAACACAAUAACCAUAAUGAAUUAUACGAAAUAUUUAUAAAGCCUAAUAUAUAGUUUUAGCCAGGGCUAAAAGCGAAGCUCCAAUUAAUAAAUCUAUAAUUUAAGUCAAACAACAAACUUGUAAUCCACAAAACAGGUAACUUAAGGGCACAUUCAUGUGAGUUUUGAGGGAAAGGCUAAGUUAUUUUAGAGUGAAACAUCUUACAUCGAGUUGAUAGCCUUAUAUGUACACCCCAAAAAUAGCAAACAUCUUCGAUGUCACAAGAGCCAUAAUGGCUCUUGAUCACAGUAGAUUUGGCCUGGAAAACAAAUUCUUGGAAAACAAAUCACGCCCAAUUUUUUUGCGAAUUUUUUUACUUUACAAAUUCUUGCCAACCUCACAACUGAGCUGAAACAGUACUAUUUAUCACACAGACCUCGGACAGAAUGCGGUAUUUCACAAUUUUUCGAGACAAAUUGUACUCAGUCAAUAUUCAGGACGAUCAAUCGUGGGCUUUUAGCGAAACCGUUCAAAAAAUUUCCAAAAUCACCCAUACGGCCAGCCGGUUCUCAUUUCUAGUGCGAGCUGUCAGUGUGGUCGAGUGUUUGAAUGAAGGCUGAGUAUCUUAUGAAGAAUUAACGAGGAGGGUGUUAUACGGCCUCGACGGAUACCACCCUCCGAGAUAUCCAUCAUUUUUCAUAUGAUACGAAAGCCGAAUUUAAUAAUUGUUUUAUUAUUCAUUCAAAAUAAUUCCUAGUUUAAAAACAUAUCUAAAACAUGCUUACCUCCAUCGAUCCAUGGAUGUUACGUUUAUCUUCGAUAGUGCACGUUUAAGGUUGUUCAGCUUCGCAAAUAUUCUCCAAAUUGCUGGUUUUCAGUGUCACGCGAUUCAAAAUAGAUCAAAAUAAAAAUCAAAACCGUUCAAUAGGUAAAGUCCAGAAUCUGGGAAAUGAAAGGAGGUACAUAUACAAAGACCCUCGCCAAGAUUCAGAUCAGCGGUAUAUUUCGUAUACGAGAUAUCCGAACAAAUGUUUUAUGAAAUCCAAACGAUGUUCUAACAACUUGCAAAGCGAUCAGCAAGGGACUUGCCAGCGGAUCUUGUACUGAUCAUGCGCAUUACGUCAAAAACCAUAGAUCAACGGUCUUGAGAAGAAACAAAAACAUGGCGGUCGAAGGCGGGACUGUUUCUCAUUAUUAUAUUUUGGUCAUUUGCAAAUUUAUUGAUUUUAUGUCGCUUUUCAGACAUGGUGUGUGGUUUUCUUUUUCUGUUAAACAAUUUCCCUUGGCAGAGUUUGGAAUAUGCAACAUAUAGCUCCGUAUAGCUGCUAAGAACCGCCGAAGAGUUGAGCUAUCGAGCACUGUUUUGCUGCAAACCUUAGGAAAGUUAAGGUCGCUUCAAGGUACAGAGCUUUCAGUAGUAGUUGUGAUUUGUUUUAGGAUCGUUUUGAAUUUUAACUUUGGAUUCAAGGUGUUGACUGAUCGAAAUAAACGAAGUGAAAAGUUAUGAAGUGUUAAUUUUUAUUCAGUUAUGAUAUGUAGAGCAGCUAGUAAGCUCAUGUUUAUAAAGCUCUCUUGAAUAUACUUGCUUCCGAUAAAUUUGACACUUGCUCCAGUAAUCUUUAUCAGCGUCAAGUUAUCCUUGCCCGGCAAAACGAUGUAACCUAUAAAUAAAUCCAUCGAGCGCGUUGUUGUUGGUUAAGAUCUAGCACGGUUGCGUUUUAGUUUCCCCCGCAUUUCGGUACCGAAAGUCAAAUACGAUAUGCAAGAAAAACAAAGAUGCAUGGUAUGAUUUUUUUCAAUUUUUUAAGCAUUUCUGAUUUCCUCUGCCGGUUCGCUUCAAUUCUUGCUUCUAAAAAGUCUAAAAAUAUUUAGUGUGGGAAAAGUACUGUAAUUAUCCGCUGACCACCACGCUGGGUGACCGCUUUGCAAGUUGUGAGAACAUCGUUUCUCGGUCCCAGACNGAAACAUCUGUUACCGAGUUUUGCUACAAAAGCGUGAAUUUAUUCUUUGAGAAGCUCAUAAACAUUAAAGUGAUACUUUUUCUAAUACAUGAACUGCUUAGAUAGCAAAAUUUCCUGAAAUAAGUCACUUUUUUAACCUGCAUGACAGCUCUCUUGGCCGUCAUGUAACUCAGUUCCGCGUCACGCAAAAGCUUAGAAAUUUAAGCGUACUCUAUCAGAAUACCAAGAACCCUGUUGAAGCGAAAAUUUGUAUGAAAAUUAGUUUUCAGCUGCUCUAAUGCAUCGUGAAAGUAAAAAUUCGGUUGGAUCGAUAGUUUUUUAGUUUGAAUUUUAGUGACGUCAUGUGAAAACUAACAAUAGCCCUUCGAGUUGUCUUCUUGCUGUUCUUGCUAUGUUUUUAGCUAUUAUUUCGCCUAGUUUUUACUCUUGAAACGAGUGAAAUGUCCGCCAUUUUUGUUUUCACAACCAAAACAACUCAACCUCGUCCCCAGGUCUUCUCGGUUAACGGUGCAUUAACCUGCAAGAAAGCUGCCCCUUGACGUCAUCAGUUCAUUAAACGCAAAAUUCUUCCAAAUUUGGUCAUAAGUAGCUGGUUAUUAUGAAUUAUGCGUGUGCUUUUAGCCAAUCAGAAUCGGGGAAAUAUUUCAAAUGAAUAAUAAUAUUAUUUUUUGUUAUUUAAUGGCACAAAAAUAGUGAAUCUGCCAUAAAACGUCGAUUCCUCAAUUCACGGGAGUUUAAAUUCACUUGCUUUCGAACUCUUCGCCUUGCAACAAUGUGGCUUCCUACACGAAACAGGAUUUCCUUGCUAUAAGUUUUUUAUGCCCCUUUUUUAUCGACUGUCGAGUAAUCUUUUUGAAUCGUUUUUGGCGAAACGUGAUCACUGAUAGCGCGUCAUUUCAACAUCGCCGAAAAUAAACCGCAUGAUCAUCACAAGACUCAUUUGCAUACAAUGAAAGUUUACAUAACUUCUCCAUCGAAAUUUUUUUCUUCUUUAUUUCAACCACUGAAGUAUUCACUUGCUCCAAAAUAAUCGACACUUUCAAGCGAUAGAAUUCGUAGACCGACCCGUUCCGGAAAAGCUCUGCAUCAUUCGCAUUAAUCUUCACUGCAUGGCUUUUGUCACGCCGAGAUACUUAUCCCCAGUUUCCACGGUCUAUGCUACGAACGCCUCGGACUAUGACCCCUUUUAGGACCCAAAGACGAAAGAAAAAAAAGAAGAAACGCUUGCAUUUUCUGAGUCUCCCCGCUAAAGCAAGCAAGACUAAAAAGGCAAAAAUGUGAGUAGAAGACUUUCUAAUAUAGCCGGAAUAUUCAAUUGUUGUAAAUCGGUAGAUGAUACUAUCCCAGAAGAGGUGAAGGGACGUAUAGUUAGGGUGCAUAUGACUCGGACUUAACGGUAUUUAGUUUUUCGCACCUCUUUACUAACAGGGUGAAAAAUAACUUCAACUUGUCUCUCGGACAGGUGAAGCCCAAAGCGGAGGAAAUGGCACACCAAGACUUUCCAAUAUUUGAAUCCAUGUCAUAUAGAAGUCAACUUGUGGCAGGAACAAAUUACCUCAUUAAGGUUAGUCAAGAACGUUCCCAGUAACAAUGUACGCCGGCUGUGCAGUCGGUCCCACUUCACGAGGGCGGGUUAGAGGAAAGGGGAAGCCAAUUAUUAUUUAAUUGCAUAAUGACUCCUGUUAUGAAGUUAAUUCAAGCGUAAUCUGUUUCCAUAAUCAGUGAUAUUUUCAUAACACGGCUUUCCAGUCAAAUGGUUUGCUCAUGAAUGUGAAGUGCAUAAAACUCAUAAGCAGUAUCAAAAUUCGUCAAUCAAAGAAAAGAAAUAUCAUUUGUUUAUAUUGUUUAUUUGCGUCUUCUGGGCCUUGCAAGUAAGUUGACUUUUUUCCAACAAUCUGUUUCAUACUUGACUCACACAUUCACAUAAAAGUAUUUUCUGGGAUAAUUUUCUCUUUUAUUUAAGGAGCAUCAAAUCAUUACAUUGCAGGCAAAAAGAACUAAUCUGAAUUUACUUUUUAAGCUUUCAUAUUUGAAUUUAAACUUCGCACUAACCAUGAUCUUAACCCUGCUUUGAACAUGUUGAACAACCCGGCUAAAAUAAGGGUUUGCCAACCUUUCAUAAAGUAUUGUGGGUAGUAAUGAUCGCGAUAAGGACUGGAAGAACGUAAUUUCACUUUUUAAGCAACGUUUUCUGCCAUCCCGUCAUCGGAUCGUAAAAAAAGUCCUUCCUAACUGUCCGUCUUAUAGCUGUGUAUACCUUGUAGAGUGUCUGCGAGAAAACAACUGAAAAAUGGCAAAGGCCAACACAAACCUAGAGGUUCGUUAAUAGAGAGUUGACUGUACGCCUUCCUCAAGGGUAGGUCUUUAAAAUUGUUUAAAUAUUUUACCUACAGGUUUUUGUUAACAAUCCCAGGCAUCAUCCCUACGUUCUUUUGCGCGUGUACCAGUCUCUGAAAUCAACCGUGGAAUUGAUUGAUAUCAAGACAGGAAUGACCAAGGACGAUCCCAUAGACCCUUCCAAUUUUUAGGUCAAGACAAAAUUCAACCUCGCCGCCCAGAGUUUUUUACUCGUUAACUGCGUCAUGCUACGUCAUUAAUGGUGCAGUUGACGAAAAACCCCGUUUCCGGGGUCCUUCUUUUCGUCUUCUGUGUCACGACUCAAGAGUGACGUAAGACGACGAAAGAGAGGCCCUGGGAACAAGGCUGGCUCAGGAAAGAAAUACGUUGGGAACGAGGUUGGACAAAAUUAUCAUUGAGUAGUGAUGUAAGCAUUUUGCCACAAUGGUUAAAUUAAACGUAAGAAACC